AGCUUGAGACUUUGUAGUAUUUGGAAGUUCUCCAUCUUCCUUGGAAACUUCGAUUUCUGUAUACUGGAGGUCAGUUGAUCUGGGUCAACUUUGCCCGAGUUCUGAUAAAAGACAUCGGGGGAUAGUUUUCUUUCUUCAUAUGGGGCUGUUUGUGCUUGAUCUUCCGUUUACUUCUCUUCUACAUGAAUGAUACUCGGAGCAAGGAUCUCAUAUCUUUAUAGCAAGGUGAGGAUUAGAUGAAAUAUAUAUGGAAAUACCUGGAGAUAGAUGGUCCUUCGAACUUGGUAUGGAUGAAUCUUGCCUCAUUAACCAAUGGGACAUGAGCAUGAUCACUGAAUUCACCUCCCAGGUGGCACCUGACCUUCGAGGAGGCUUCCAACAACUCUCCUCAGAGAGCUGCAACUCUUACCCUUCCCUCCAUCUGCGAGGAAGCGCCAGUGAGGUGCGCCAUGCUGAAAGACCAAAAAAGAUUCAAAAGAUCAAUUGUUGGAAUUCUUGCACCACCAAGCAGAACUUAGCUUUGGACCCUGAUGACUCAUCUCCAACCUCUCUUUUGUUUUGCAAUCAAAAUCCACCAAAUUGGGAAGUGAUUGGAGGACCUGUAAAGAGAAAAGAUAAGAUGGGGCUUGUGGUCUCUCAUGGUUCAGAACAGAAUUUGGAAACAGUCACUCAUCAAGGAUCCAAGGCUGCAAGCCUGGGACCAUCUCAUGCACAAGACCACAUAAUUGCAGAAAGACACAGGCGGGAGAAGCUCAGCCAGAGGUUUAUAGAACUUUCUGCAGUCGUCCCUGGCCUUAAGAAGAAGGACAAGGCUUCUGUUCUUGGCGACGCAGUCAAGUAUGUUAAAGAACUCCAAGAGAGGGUGAAGACCCUUGAAUACCAGACUGCAAAGAGAACCAUCGAGUCCGUGACCCUUGUCAAGAAGUCUAAGCUCUCUGUUGAUGAUGGUGGCUCAUCCUCCAAUGACGACAAUAAUUCUGAUGGACUGGAAAAUUCCAUCCCAGAGAUAGAAGCGAGGCUUUCUGACAAGACAAUCCUUGUGAGGAUUCACUGCGAGAACCACAAAGGAGUAAUGGUGAAGGUGUUGUCUGAGAUAGAGAAGCUCCACGUUACUGUUACUGAUGCUAGUAUCAUGUCCUUUGCAGGCUCCUCUAUCAAUAUAACUGUGAUGGCACAGAUUGAGAAGGAAUUCUCAAUGACACUGAAGGAUGUUGUGAGGAAGCUGAAGACAACUUUGAGCUAGUUCAUGUUAAGAAACUAAUGGAAGCGUUUUGUACAUAUGUUCAUGAUGUUGUUCGUAUUGUCACCGAACAUUGCAGGAAACUACCAUUGAUUUGCAUGGAGGCGUGGGAGACCAGUUCCAUACCUCACAUGCAAACGAGCACUCCACCAUGCAAGUUACUCCCACUGAAAAGAAAACUAAGACUGGAUUGUGAUCAAGUUUGUCUACAUAGAACUUCAAGAGCUCCUUACUUAUCUGUUGAGAAAAACAGGGCCACUCCUUUGUGUAAACUUCACCAUUUUCACUUC